GCCGGUGCUGACAAGGACCUGGCCGACAACAAUGGUAACACAGCUCUGAUGCUGGCAUCCAAAAGUGGUCAGUCGGAGGUUGCCAGACUAUUGUUGGAGGCCGGUGCCAAGAACGACCUGACCAACAACUACGGCUACGCAGCUCUGACACUGGCCUCUCACUUUGGCCAUGCAGAGACUGUAAGGGUGCUGCUGGAAGCCGGCGCCGACAAGGACCUGGCUCACAACCAGGGUCACACCGCCCUGAUGCUUGCCUCUGAUGAAGGCCAUUCAAAGACUGCGAAAGUGCUACUGGACGCUGGCGCGGACAGGGACCUGGCCUUGAACCAGGGUUGGACGGCUCUGCUGCUUGCCUCUACUAAAGGCCAUUCCAACACUGUGAAAGUGCUACUGGACGCAGGUGCCAAAAAGGACCUCACCAACGACCACGGCGUCACGGCUCUGAUAGUUGCCUCUCUUAAUGGACAUUCGCAGACAGCGAGGGUGCUGCUGGAGGCUGGUGCCGACAAGGACUUGGCCAGCAACGAAGGUGGCACUGCACUGAUUGCGGCCUCUGAGAAAGGUCAUCUUGAGACGGCACGACUUUUGCUAGAGGCCGGUGCUGACAUGGACCUGGCCAACAACAUGGGCUACACCGCGUUGAUGCAGGCCUCUGCAAAGGGCCGUGUGGAAGUGGCCCGCAUGCUGGUAGAAGCGGGCGCUGACAAGGACAGGGCAAGCCACCAUGGCACAACAUCUUUGAUGGCUGCAUCCCGGCUUGGUCACGCCGGAGUUGCUCGUUUUUUGCUGCUGGAGGCCGGCGCGGACAAGGACCUGGCCGACCACAAAGGCAGGACGGCUCUGACGCUGGCCUCCAAAGCAGGCCAUGGUGAGAUCGUCACGUUGCUGGAGGAUCGGAAGCGGCCGAGGUUGCAGUGA